UGCCAUCGCCGUCACCACCAACGCCGGGGGCUACGGCCACGCAUCGCCAUCGCCGGGACGAGCGUCGGCCGCCGAGACGGCCGUCCACGUCGUUGUUGCCGUCGUCCUCGCCCCGACAGAUCGCCUCUCCGGCGCGGACUCCUCCUUCGACCACAACGCCGGCAAGUGGAACGGCAUCUUCUAGCAAUUGGAUGCGCACGGGAGGGUGUAGCAGGAGAUCAGCACGCGGCUGUCCGCCAGCACAUACGGGGAGGGUGACCUCAUCAUCCUCAUGCAAUCUCAAGUCAAGCUCUAAACUUGUUUCUGCAAGCGUUUUGACCAUCCAUGGCUUACACAGCUAUCUUUGUGUGGAUCCCAUCCUUGGACCCUGGUCCCUAAAUGAUGUAUCUGCGAUUUAUAUCUGUAGGCUGUAUAUCAAGCAGGCUUCGUCCGGGAUAACAUUUGCAGACGAAGAUGAUCCGGAGCCAGAGUGGGCGGAGUACAAGAUCAAAAAACCAACAUGUUCACCGUAGGGAUUAAUGGCUCGGAUGAAUGCACCAAAAAUAGUCCCCUGGAAAACGGAAUUCCAACUUUGAUUACAUGGAGUCAAGGAGGAAAUGAGGUCAUUUCUGGAGGGAUCAUGGGAUAACUGGACAUCAAGGAUUAUUGUUGAUGGGGUGCCGAGACAUGUGUCUAAACUACCUCAUGUGACUGAUGAAAGAGGGCAGGUGACCGACCUCCUUGAUAUCCAUGCCAACUAUGCAAUUUCUUCUAGCACCUGUGCCGUUGGUUGGAUGAUGUUUACGGAAGAAUAGAUGUCUUCCCGCAGCACUUCACGCCCAAGAAAGAGCCCAUGGAGGCAUGGACGCUGCCGAUGGUUUGUCCACAAUCCACGCAGGCGUUCUUGGACCCCGAAACGAGUCAAGGGAGCUUCGUCGCUUCUGCAACUGUUGUCUAUUCCUCGCAUUAGGUGGUCUUCCAGCAACAAGGAUGACGACAAGAUUGAAUUGACAAGAGCUGAAGUAGAAUCAUUACGAAGCGAAAUUGCCGAUGCCGAUGAAAGGGAGUCCCAGCUAAAAGCCCGGUUAGAAAAUAUUGACGAAGUCUUGAGAUAUGCAUUCCUUUCCAGGUACCUCCAUAUCAGAAGUAGAUGGACUCAACUUCCUGGGGAGCCACCUAUCAUAGACGACGCCGAUGUCGAUGACUGGCUUCCUCGCUUUGUUGUCCUACAAGCAGUGUUUAUACUACUAUCUGAAGUCUACAGACCUGAGCCCGCAGGAAUCGCUGCUGCUGCGCGACGUGGAACCCACGUCCUACCCCGACGAUGGCGGUCGACCACAACCUCCCUCUCAGGGGCUUACACCGUUGCGGUUCCUCAGGACUCGGAAGGAGGAGCGUGGGCCGUAGAGACGGAAGAGGAGGCUGAGACAGCCGCGGUGCCUGCUGCAGCGACCAUGGCCACUACAUCGAAAAGAAAGACAACAAAAUGUAUUAGGCCCCCUUGUGCUGGAUUGGGCUCAACCCAAUUAUAAAAGAGUAGCAAAUGAGAGGAACACAAGAAGUCAAGAAGACACCUUUCUCUCCAUGUCUAAGUUUCACGGUACCUCGCCUGGAUCCGGAAGUGCGGCUACGGCGACCUCGACAUAGUCAAGGAGAUUCUAAAAACUUAGCAAUGGCAGGGCUCCUGGAGCUCAAUCCUCACCACCAUCAGCAGAUGAUGAUGAUGCACAAGUGAUGGUUCAUCUGAAGAUGGCGCAGCAGAGCACCGGCAGCAACCACAUCAUGAAAGGGUCGAGGGAAGAUUAUCUGAUAUGUGUCACUGAAAGCGAAGGUAAAAUUCCAAUACAGCACCUUCAUAUUACCUGCCAAUUCACAAGUGCAUGUUCUGUAUCAAAAUUAACUGUUCCCUCUUCGUUACAUUGGUAUAUGUUCUGAAUGGGUUGAUGAAUAUCUUGGUAUAUGUAGUUUCAAAGCUUCAUUACAUUGUAGCAGGGAAAAUUGGUAUGAAGAUUGUGCAGCACCAUGCCUUAGCCAGCCCCUUAAUUUGCUAGAACAGAG